AUGGGUAGUGUGUCCUCGGAUGAUGUUUCCGACCAACUCUGUGGGAGCUACAGUUUGAGUGCCGAUGUCAGUGAAUCGGAGAGUUGUAGUAGCUUCUCUUGUCGGAGGUUUGAUGGCGAAGGGGCUUCCAGUUCAAUGGCCUCCUCCCCACAUCCCAUUUCUGGGAAUUUCUGCUUUCCGCUGCCGGUUUCCUUGCCUGUUCUUGGUGGGAAGAAUGUUUUUGUCUGGGAUGAGAAGUCUAAGAGACAGAACACUGAUUUAUCUGAAGUUGAGAUGAUGAAGGAGAGAUUUGCCAAACUUCUUCUUGGUGAAGACAUGUCAGGGGGAGGGAAAGGGGUUUGUACAGCCCUUGCUAUCUCAAAUGCCAUCACCAAUCUCUCUGCUAGUAUAUUUGGUGAAUUAUGGAGAUUGGAGCCCUUGGCACCACAAAAACAGGCAAUGUGGCAUAGAGAAAUGGAAUGGCUUCUAUGUGUUUGUGAUUCCAUUGUUGAGCUUGUUCCUACUGUUCAACCUUUCCCUGGCGGAGGUACUUAUGAAGUAAUGAUGUCGAAACCGCGCUCGGAUUUGCAUAUGAACCUCCCUGCGUUAAAGAAGCUCGACACGUUGCUUCUUGGUAUUCUUGGUGGGUUUUGUCAUACAGAAUUUUGGUAUGUUGAUCGAGGGAUAGUUUUGGGUGACUUGAAUGAAUGUAACGAGUUCCUGCCCGGUGGGAGGCCUUCGAUCAGACAAGAGGAUAAGUGGUGGCUUCCAUGCCCAAAAGUUCCAGCAGAUGGUUUGUCUGAUGAUGCCAGAAAGAGGCUGCAGCAGUGCAGGGAUUGUACUCAUCAAAUACUCAAAGCAGCCAUGGCUAUCAAUAGUAAUGUUCUUGCAGAAAUGGAAGUUCCUACAGCUUAUAUAGAAACCUUGCCCAAGAGUGGAAAAGCUUGCUUGGGAGAUAUCAUUUAUCGCUCGAUAACCACUGACGACUUCUCUCCCGAAUGCCUCCUUGAUUGCUUAGACCUUUCAUCAGAGCAUCACACCCUGGAAAUAGCAAACAGGAUCGAGGCUUCGGUUCAUAGUUGGAGGCAAAAAGACCAUAAAAGAAGCGGUCACCGGAGCAAGGGAAGACGACCAACUUGGAGUGGCAAGGUCAAGGGCAUUGUUGGAGACACUGGGAAGAGCAACAAUUUGGCCCGGAGAGCAGAGAUCCUGCUUGAAAGUCUAAGACUAAGAUUUCCAGGAUUACCACAGACAGCAUUAGACAUGGCCAAGAUCCAAUAUAACAAAGACGUGGGGCAGUCAAUUCUCGAGAGCUAUUCAAGGGUAAUGGAGAGUUUAGCGUUCAACAUCAUGGCACGGAUUGACGAUGUUCUAUACGUAGACGAUGCAAUCAAGCGAUGUAUCGAACCAGAGUCGAACUCCGUCUUCAACAGAGGAUUAGGUGGUCUUCCAAUCCAGAAACGCAUGUCUCCGAGCCCGUUCUCGAUCCAUCACAGUCCAUUUGCUUCCCCAUUUGCAACACCAACAUUCUGUUCCUCCACACCAAUUGGUGGAAGCCCAGGAAGGCUAUCCCCAUCCCCAACUGUAAAAAGAAGCAACAUGAAAGAAGAAGCAGGAGUUGUAAGACUAAGACCAGAGAGAGAGAGGGAAGGUGAUAAGGAGAAGAUUUGGUCAUAUGCUGGGAAUCUUAGUGGUAGAAGGAUCUCUGGGGUGACUCCAGAGAGAGAUUGAUAUUGUUGACAACAUUCCUACUGUAUUAUAUUACUUACUUAGCAAGUAGAAAUGUAGAAGGGAUGAUUUUGGGAUGCAUUUCGUAUAAUAAUAUUGUUUUGUAAUUAUAUGCAAUGACGACUGCUUAGCCUAUGCCUUUUGACUUAGCCUUUGCCUUAGGAACAGCACAGUGCGAUUGGCAGAGUAAUCAGGGAAUAUUUUUGGGAUGAGAAAGUCCUGUUUCUUCCCACUAUAAAGUAUUAGGAUUGCUGCCUUUUGAAGCAAA